GGGGAAGGGGGGGUAUUUCCUAUUUUACUACGUAGUGUGCGGAAAAAAAAUUUUUUGAAAAAAAAAGUAAAAUUUGCUGCAGUAGCCUGGGGGAAAUGGGGAGGAGCUUCCAGACAGGCCUAGACAUGAAGGGGAAAUCCCCAUUGAAUGGCAAACUGGUUGUUUCGUUUCGUCUCAGUUAGUCGUUGACCCCGACCUUGGUCAACAAUGUCUCAGCCUAAUAUUUACCAACAAUUAUUUGAGGCAUAUUGUAAGGCUUAUCCAGACAAGAAAAAAGAAACUUGCCAAAAAGAACUUAACAAAGAAUGCGAUUCAAUAAAAUCAAGUUCAGAGAAUAAACCGUUGCUGAUAAAACCAAAAGCUGAAGAAUAUUUUAAAAAGCUUAAUAGUAUUGCUGCGAAAAAAGGUGGAUUAAUGCAAUUUUUCGCCAACUCAUCGAUAUCUCAUUUAAAAACAAAAACAACCAUAGAAAGGCCCCAAGAACUAGAAUUUCAACCUGAUUCGGAUCAGUUUUGUGAACCUUUAUUGACGGACUCUGAAACAGAACAGAACAUUUGUUCAAAAAUUACGAGUUCUGCGAAAAGGCCUGCCCAAGAAGCAACUAAAAAUGAAAUUGAUCUAUUAAAUGGGGAUUUGGUUGGUCUUUAUAAUCGACAAAAAAUGGACAUGCUAACUAUAGAAGAACAGGAAAUUCUUAAGGCUAAGAAAAGAAAGCUGGAUGAAUGUAAGAAAAAACUUAAAAAUUUACAAGAUCGCCAACAAAAUCAAAAAAAGUUCCGUGAUAAUCGUCGAGAAGCUCUUAAUUCAGCUGUUGUUGCUGACCCUAAUUUAAAAUCAAAACUGAAGAUCAAGGACUCUGGCAGUGCGGGUAGGCCUCGCCUCGAAGAAACACAGCCUUUGUUGUUGUCUGAAAUUGUCCGAAUCGCUAGGCAUGGAUCAGCGGCUCAUGAAAAGCGACAAGAUGAAAUCUAUCGUAGCAUCUUAACCUUGGAUGAUUUAACUGAGCAACUUACUAAAGACGGAUUUCACGUGAAAAGAUCAUCAGUGUACCUUGGAUUACAGCCUAAAAGGAGUAGUAGCCACCAAGGAAAGCGCCAUAUUGACACGGUUCCAGUGAGACUUAUUCGGGCUCAGAACGACUUUCAUAAAAGUCAUCCAGAUCAGAGACUGUGUCAAGCAACUAUACGUACCAUGGAUGAACUUGCAUCUCUUUUGGGACCGUCAGAAGUGUGCAACAUCUCUCAAGACGACAAAGCAAGAGUUGCUAUAGGGAUAACGGCAGCAAAUGUACAGGCCCCUAUGCUUAUGCACAUGCAGUAUCGGGUAAAACUUCCGGACCAUGAUUGGGUUGUCGCAGCUGGGCACAAGCUCAUCCAAUCCAAUGCAGGCAUAGCUGUUGACAGAAAUAGCCUAGGAAUGCCCGGUGCUGUCGGAUAUUCAGGUCCAACUUAUGUCGCCAUUCGCUUCGGCAAACAUUGUUCUUCAACUGCUUUAAGUCAUUGUAUGGACUUUGAACGAUUAUUGAACCUCCCUGAAUUCAACUCUAUAACAAAAAGUUCAGAUGAGAGAGUGAAGCCGAUUGUUAUGUUCUCAGUUGAUGGGGGUCCUGACGAAAAUCCUCGUUACAACAAAGUAAUUGAAGUUGCAAUACAUCACUUUGUGUCACACGAUCUUGAUGCGAUUUUCAUCUUUACCAAUGCACCAGGCAGGAGUGCCCAUAAUCGAGCAGAGCGAAGGAUGGCCCCUUUAAGUCGCCCACUAUCUGGGUUAAUUCUUUCUCAUAAUUACUACGGGAACCACCUUGACGCAGCUGGUAAGACCAUCGAUGUGGACCUUGAAAAACAGAACUUUAAAAAAGCUGGGACUACUCUGGCAGAGGUAUGGAGUGAAGUAGUAUUUGAUGGAUAUCCUUGAGUUGCUGAAUAUGUGGAUCCGAAUUAUUAUGAAUUCAGUCAAGAUCGGCUCAACGUGAAAGAUCAGUAUUGGUUUUCGGAGCAUGUUCGCACGAGCCAGUACUUUACGCAAAUUGUUAAGUGUAAAAAUCUAAUGUGUUGUAUUAACGAGCCGAGAAGCUCAUACUUGGCCGUUGUUCCUACGCGGUUUAUUCCUCCUCCGAUUCCAUUGAUCCAAACUGACAAAGGGUUAAAAGCUUCUGAUCGAAGUGGCUUUGAAAGUCACGUCUUUCCUUCUUUAUUUUUAUCGCUCCAUCUUUCACGCGACUUAUUGCCUAAUUCAACUAAAGAAUUCCUUACGCUCCCUUAUGAUCUUUACACACCCUCAGUUCAGUCGCAGUUAUUGGAUCGAAUUUGCCAAAAAUGUUCGCUUUAUUUUGCAUCGAAAGUUAUGCUGAAGAGUCACAUGAUUGUACACAAAAAGAAGACUCAAAGCGCAAGUGCAGUUGUUGAGAAAGAGUUCAUCGUCACAAGAACUAGACCUGUUCGCAUCGCAGCGAUGCGACAGAGAGAAAUGAUGGCUAUCAUUGUAUCAGGAUUCUGGAAUCCCACCAUUUGUCGAAAAGCCCUCGAUCUUAUCGUGCCCAGUUGUGACGCUUGAAGAGCAUUUUGAUAAUCCAUGGGAGAACGAUGAGUGAAUUAAAAAAUAAGUCAUAUCCUGCCUAUUAAAUUGUUUAUAACGCAGUUACACCCAGAAUCAAUCAAUAUUUGUGAGCAAAUUGUUGUUUCAUGUAAAAGUUAAACGGUUGCUAAAAUACAGUUUUUUAAACCCUUUA